GUUCACUCUUUCUCUGUUUUUGUUUUCCCUAGGAAUCCUUUCUGCUGCGCUGCAAACAAACCAAGUCCACUCGUUGCUGUCUUUUUUUGGUUUGUUUCUCAUUUUUGUUUUUCCACCUCGACGCUCGGCACCUGCCCAGGACCACCCUGCCAAUUUCCCCAGGCCCCCAAGACCACACAAGCAUCGUGGGCGCGUCAUCUCCCGCAUUGGCGCCAAGAGAUCAUCGCACACUAGCGGCAGCAACCCGCAGCCCCAAAGAUGGUUAUCCCCCGACUCGCCAAGGCGCUGGCCGUCUUGCAGCUCACGGGCGGCGCCGUCGCCGCCCUGGACCCCAUCCACGCAAAGGGCCAGUACCUCUUCAACAAGAACGGCACCCAGUUCUUCAUCCGCGGCGUCGCCUACCAGCAGGGCGUCAACGUCAACGGCCAGGGCGACGCCAUCUCCAAGGACGUCAACGACCCGCUCGCCGACACGGCCGCCUGCAAGCGCGACAUCCCGCUGCUCCAGAAGCUGGGCACAAACACCAUCCGUGUCUACGCCAUCGACCCGACCCGGGACCAUAGCACCUGCAUGAACGCCCUGGCCGACGCUGGCAUCUAUGUUAUCGCCGACCUGAGCAGGCCCGACAAGUCGGUCGAGCGCGACACGCCCGCCUGGGAUACGUCGCUGCAGGUCCAGUACAACGCCGUUAUUGAUACAUUGUCCAAGUACACAAACACCAUCGGCUUUUUCGCCGGCAACGAAGUGACCAACAACGCCACCAACACGCAGGCCUCGGCCUUUGUCAAGGCCGCCGUUCGCGACUCCAAGGCGUACAUCAAGAGCAAAAACCUGGGUCGCUGGCUGGGUGUUGGCUACGCCACCAACGACGACGCGGGCACCCGCGACAACCUGGCCAACUACUUCAACUGCGGGCCCGUCGAGGAGUCGGUCGACUUUUGGGGUUAUAACAUUUACGAAUGGUGCGGCAAGAGUACCUUCCAGACCAGCGGCUACGAGGAGCGCACAAAGUUCUUCCAGGACUACUCGGUGCCCGCCUUCUUCUCCGAGUAUGGCUGCCAGAACCCGGGCGGCGCCGCCGAGCGCAUCUUCCAGGAGACCGAGGCGCUAUACAGCAACGACAUGAGCAAGAUAUGGUCUGGCGGUAUCGUUUACGAGUACUUUCAGGAGCAGAACGACUAUGGCCUUGUCAAGCUCUCGGGCAACACCGUCACGCAGAUGAAGGACUUUGACGCCCUGGCCAAGGCCAUCGCCAAGGCCGGCUACCCCCAGGGCAUCAGCGAGUCGUCGUACACGCCCAGCAACAAGCCCCGCGCCUGCCCGCAGGUGGGCGGCAAGUGGCUCGCGUCGGACAACCUGCCGCCCAGCCCCAACGCGAGCGUGUGCGCCUGCAUGUACUCUGGCCUCUCGUGCCGCCCCUCGGCGUCGCUGGCGUCCAACGGCACGGCCGUGGGCGCCAUGUUCGGCCAGGUCUGCGGCCUCGACAAGACGGCCUGCGACGGCAUCUCGGGCAACGCCACUACGGGCAAGUACGGCCUGUACGCCGGCUGCAACGGCACCGAGAAGCUCGGCUUCGCCCUCAACACCUACUACACCAACCAGAAGAGCAGCGCCUCGGCCUGCAGCUUCGGCGGCAACGCCGCCGUCGUGGCCAACGCACAGCCCGCUAGCACCUGCUCCGCCGUUCUGGCGGCCGCUAGCAGCGGUGCCGCCGCCGCCGGGUCGGGGAGCGGCAGCGGCGCGAGCAGCCUCACGGCCGGCGGCGUCGUCGGGGCGGCGUCGCUGCUGGUCUCGUUUGCUGUCGGCGCCUUUGCCAUUGUCAUGUAGAGUAGUUUCUUUCCUUUCUUUCUCUCGUUUGUAUGUUUCAAGCAUCUUGGGACCAUUAUUUUGGGUCGAAAGCGGUGGAUCUUGUGAGACCUCGUAGCAUAGAAAGGCGACUCGGAUAUAAAAUACCGAAGUUGCUAAUCGUUGAAUCCGUCAGUCUUUUUUUUUUUUUUUUCGACUCGUUU